UGCGUCACCACUUUGGAGGGGCACGAAAACGAGGUGAAAUCGGUGGCCUGGGCACCCUCCGGGACCCUCCUCGCCACCUGCAGCCGGGACAAGAGCGUCUGGGUUUGGGAAGUGGAUGAGGAGGAGGAGUACGAGUGCGUCAGCGUCCUCAACUCCCACACGCAGGACGUCAAGCACGUCGUUUGGCACCCCAACCAGGAGCUCCUGGCCUCGGCCAGCUACGACGACACGGUGAAGCUGUACCGGGAGGAGGAGGACGACUGGGUGUGCUGUGCCACCUUGGAGGGCCACCAGUCCACCGUCUGGAGCGUGGCCUUCGACCGCAGCGGCCAACGCUUGGCUUCCUGCAGCGACGACAAGACGGUCCGCAUCUGGCAGCAGUACAAGCCGGGCAACGAGGAAGGGGUGGCCUGCAGUGGCAAUGACCCCACCUGGAAGUGUGUCUGCAACCUCUCUGGCUACCACACCAGGACCAUCUACGACGUGGCGUGGUGCCACCUCACCGGGGCGCUGGCCACCGCCUGCGGGGACGACGCCAUCCGGGUCUUCGAGGAGAGUACGGUGGCUUCCUCCUCCUCCUCUUCCUCCUCGCAUCCACAGCAGCCCACCUUCAGCCUGGCUGCCCACGUCCCCCGGGCGCACUCGCAGGACGUCAACUGCGUGGCCUGGAACCCCAAGGAGCCGGGUCUGUUGGCCUCCUGCAGCGACGACGGGGACAUCGCCUUCUGGAGGUACCAGCGCCCCGAAGUCUGCUGAGAACUUCCAGCUCCUCCAGAAGCCUCCCUUCUCCACCAGCUCCUCCAGAAUCCUUCCUUCUCCACCAGCCGGGGUCUUUGGGAUCCUCCCUUCUCCACCAGCCCCUUCAGAAUCCUCUUCUCCACCAGCUGGGGCCUUUGGUGUGGAGAAGGGGGCAGGAACGAUGGUGACCCACCUCUUCUGCCCCAAAAGUUGGGACUUUGGGAUGCCCAGGACCCAUCCCUAGGGAUCUGGGUGACUUUGGGAGAGGGCACAGGACUCGCCCCCCCCUCAAUAAAUCCACAUUUUUCCCC